AUGAUCGUAUUGGUGCGUUUCGUUAACAGCAACCACACAGCUCAAUGUCCUGACGGAAGAAUGCCAUUCAGAUCCUGUUCCUCGUCGUCUCAGUGCCUUCCUGGCCACGAAUGCAUCAAAAAGCAAUGUUGCAAGUCACUUGUUUCCCCAGAUAUGCCAAAAUCCGUCAAUACGUCUGAUCUUCAGAACAACACCGCAGAGGAAACAGCAUCGACAGAAAUUCUGAACCGUCUGAGGUCGCUGUUGGGUGAAACAGCGACUAAUCAACCAUCGAAUACCAUCGCUGACGGCAUCUCCGAAGACCUACGGCCAAAUGCGGUAAAAGCCACUGAAAGUAGCACGAUGUCAGUAGCCGGCCGCAACACCGAAGAAAAGUUAAACGAGAACCCAGCUAGAACUUUCGGCGAGGAAGAGAGGAAGGCACUCUACGCUAUUAUUUCACAGAUAUUUCGUGGUAGAGUGACGAAUGAUGAAAUGACUACGGGAAAUUGA